AUGAAGGAGGGUUCCGGGGAGCUGCAGCAUCCCGAGCCGGCGCACGAGUCCACGACGACUCUGGGCUCAAGGGCGUCCCGGGAGCUGGCGAAGCAACACAGGCAGCAGCAGCUGCCCCGCAAGUUCAAGCUCGAUGAGCAUGGCGUCAAGGACCUCGAGCAGUCGAAGCAGUUCUCCUUCUUCGCGACGCCCAAGUCCGUCGGCAUGGAGUCCCCCGGCCUGGGGGUCUACUUCGCCUCGGGGCUGGUGCUGAUCGUCCUGAUGCUCGCGUACGCCUGCCUGUCGCUGUACCCGCUGUUCGAGUACAAGAGCGGCGCCAAGUACGAGAACACCUACACCCUCUACGUCGAAGGCGUCGCCUUUUCUGGCUCGGGCGAGUGCGAAAAGAUCUGGGAGGUCAGCAACACGGUCACGGAGAUGUCCCUGGGCGCGCUCUGCCCCCCCGGCGACGAAUCCACCUCCGUGAUCUCGUGCCCGACGCGCUGCGACUACUCCGCCGCCACGGCCGUCGAGAAGGGCGCGCUGCGUGGCGUCGACUGCUCCGUGCGGAACGGCGGCACCGAGGCGCAGGAGUUCAUCGACAAGGGGAUGGACCACGGGGACUGGGCGCCCGACGGGGUGUGCCAGUGCUGCUCCCUGGACUUCGACCGGCCGCUGCCGCGCGUGGAGAAGAAGGAGCUGAUGUGGAUCUGGUUCGCGGCGCAGAUCGUGACGUGGGCGGGCAUCAUCGUGCUGCGCCGCCUGCAGCGCAUCACCGCCGCGCAGAUCGACGAGGCGUACAUCACGUCCUCGGACUUCGCGGUGAUGGUCACGGGCGUCGGCGUGGACGUCGACGUCGCGGACAAGCUCAAGAACUGGGCGCGGCACUACGGCGAGGUCGCCCACGUGGCGCCGCUGCUCAACAUUGGCGGCGUGAUGCGCAAGUGCGAGCGCCUGGACAACAUGCGGCGCGACCUGGCGGAGCUCGAGGAGCAGCUGGCGAGCGUGCGGGCGCACGGCAAGUCCGGCUGCUUCUGCCUGGGGCGCUCGGUGUUCUGGCUGUACCUGGCGAAGAUCGGGGCGCUCGGCGGGCAGACCCCGGCCGCGCUGGAGAAGGGCAUCGCGAAGAAGAAGGCGGCGAUCAAGGCGCUCGAGGCCCGGCUCGGGCGGAUCAACCCCGAGUCGCUGCACCCGAUCAGCAAGGCGGUGGUGGUGUUCAACUUCAGCAGGCACCGCGACAACUGUCUGAGCGACCACAAACGCAUCGGGCGCAAGCCGACCCUCGAGGGGCGCAAGGUGCGGGUGGAGCCCGCGGCCGAGCCGAGCGACAUCAUCUGGAGCAACACGGACUUCUACGGCUUCCCGGUGUGGGUGCGGCGCAUCGCGUCGCUGCUGUUCGCGUGCCUGCUGGUCCUGGGCGGCGGCGCCAUCCAGUACGCGAUCGAGCAGUGGCGCGCGCAGCUGUACGACGCCCGCACGACCAUCUCGGACAGCCUCUCGGAGAGCUCGUUCCCCCAGAACGAGGAAAACACCACGAGCAGCGCGCUCACGGGCUUCCUGGCCGGUCUGGUGGUCACGCUGACCAACACGGUGAUCCAGCUCACCCUGCGCAUCACCUCGCGCGGCUUCGACAGGUGGCACUCGCACACGAACGCGCAGAAGGCGCUCAUCAUCAAGCUCAGCGUCGCCUACAUCAUCAACUCGUACAUCGUGCCCAUCGUGGCGCAGCGCGUGUCCAAGUCCGGCCGAUCCGCGACCUACGUCCCGGACGGCCUCAUGGACUCCGCGCUCUCCACGCUCCUCAUCAACGCCUUCGUGCCGCCCACCGUCGCGCUCAUCGACCCCGUCCGCAACUUCCAGGUCAUGCUCGGCUUCUUCUACGCGCGCACCCAGGACAAGAUGAACCAGCUGAUGACCCCCCCGGACUUCCUGCUGGCGGAGCGCUACGCGGCACAGGUCAAGACGCUGGCGCUGGGCAUCCUCUGGGCGCCCGCGCUCCCGAUCGCGCCGGUCAUCUGCCUCGCGGGUCUGCUGUACUCGUACGCCAUCGACCGGUACAUCGCGCUGCGGAUGUGCAAGCAGCCCGCGCAGCUGGGCGACGACGUCCAGAUUGGUAUGAACUAUGUUCUGAAGCUGAUCCCGCUGGUCCAGAUCAUCACGGUGCACCAGGUCUGGUUCGUCUGGGAGACGGACAACCGGCGCACGACCUGGAUCGUCGUCUCGCUGGCCAUCUGGCUGGUGUUCGCCGUGCUGACGUCGUUUGACAAGCUGAUCGCCAACGUCAGCUUCGACAGCGGCGCCAGCAAGAUCGCGUGCCUGGGGUACAUGCGCAAGGGCCUCGUGUCGCCGUACAAGCCGCUCGGGUCCUUCGCGUCGGCGCCGACCGUGCAGUCGUACGUGCAGGCGGUCUAUGAGCUCCCGCGUGAGGUCGUGAAGGGCGUCAUGGGCCUCAUGCCGCACCAGAAGGCGGACACCGGCGGCGUCAACGUCGCCGCGCCGCGGGGCGCCGUGCAGAAGGACAUCAGCGAGAUCGGCGGCGACGUGGUGUUCAUGACGACGGCCGAGGAGAACGACCGGAAGCUGCUGUCGGUCAACACCGUGACGGGCGGCGUGGUGAACCGCGGGACGCCGCAGCUGAACACGAUGGCCACGAUCGGGCGCACGCUCGGGGGGGCGUCGCAGCGGUCGCUCGUGGCGGUGCCUACUGCAGGGGGGUCGCGCGUGCGCGUCGCCGACGGGCCAGGCGAUGUGUCGAGGGUCGAGGAGGAGAGCGACCCGGGCGUGACAGGCCACACGCAGGACUGA